AUGGAAUGACAAAGAUUAGAUGUGACCGAGUUGAAGGACAAAUCAGAGACAGAGGAGUAACACGCUAUUCUACACUGACCACCGACGCCGUCUACUACUACUGCUGGAACACUGUCGGCGGAGCAACUUGCCAACACUUACCAACAUGUUUCUUCGCGCUUUAGAAAUUAUAUUUUUCUUUUACUUUUUGUCCCACAUUCCAAUUACUCUCAUUAUUGAUCUUCAGCCUUUGCUUCCUGACCAUCUGUAUCCUUCCAAGCUGAAAGGACUAUUGCAGUGGUAUGCUGCUGAAUUCAAGGAUCCAAUGAUGAUGGACCCUCCUGUGUGGUUCAAAUCUUUUGUUUUCUGCGAGGCUCUCAUUCAGCUGCCCUUUUUCCCAAUUGCAGCAUACGCCUUCAUGAAGGGUGGAUGCAAAUGGAUCAGGACUCCAGCCAUCAUUUAUUCUGUUCAUGUGGCCACCACUCUAAUCCCCAUUUUAAGUCACGUCCUUUUUAAUGACUUUCCUCUGGCACCACAUCCGGGACCCCAAACUCUUCAGGAACGUCUGACCCUGGUGUCCAUUUAUGCUCCGUACCUCAUCAUCCCUGUCAUGAUACUGUUCACCAUGCUCUUCAGCUCAACAUAUAACUCAACCUCUCCGAGAGGAAAUGCUUCCUCAAAGUCCAAGAAACAAAGAUAGAUACAGUUCAUCCCUUCUAUGUAUUCAUUAUAGUUGUUGUUGGUAAUUAAAUGUGAUUAAAUAUUUUAAUAUGUGCGAGGAUAUUUGAUCAUUGUAUAUAGCUUUUACUCUAUUUCAAAUUUAAGUAAAUUGACCUUAUGGUGAUUGUUUACUGAUGACAACACGUGUAAAUGCAAAAUAUAUUUUUAUUCAAAUGUUCUUCAAAAUGGUAUGAAGUUUGUCAAAUAUUGAGAUUACGCACUUGAUGAUCCAAAUGGUAAAUGUAAACAAACAAUAAGUGAAUUAUGUUUUCCAUAACUUACGGAAAAUAUUUUGGUUGUGGUCCCAUGAGCAUAUGCGAAAAUAAAACCGGACGAGUUCAAGUCACAAACAGCAAGUUAAAAUACAAAUCAUACAGAAAAUAAACAUUUUACCUGA